CUCACAAACAGGUAUGUAGGAGAGAUGUGAGAGGCGGUGCGUAAACAGAGUGGGCGAAGAUGGCGUCGAACAAGAAGAGUGGUGGGAAUAGAUUUGAGAAAAGUGUGAAUGGAAGACGCUCGUCGAAACACAAAGAGGGUCCAGUGGUCUCAGCCGCUGACACUGACAGGACCAACCUGAACAGAGAGGAGACAGACAAAGACAGAGCCUUGAACUCAGACACUGUGAUGGACACCAAGGCAGUGUUUGCAGCCCUGUACAGCGUGUGCGAAGAGAAUGCCACUUUCUUCUCAGGAGGAGCCAAGGGGUCACAGGGUGAUGCUGCGCGGCGGCUGGUGGAUGCCAUGAAGCUGAUCCAGGAGCACGGUCGCAGUCUGGAGCCGGUUAUCUCCGGCUUUGCUGCAGUUUACCAUCAUUUUGACUUUGACCCACACAUACCUGCUAAUGGCUAUCGCUCACUGGUCAAGGUGGUACGCUGCUGCCUUCUCCAUAUCAUCCAGAAGGGGCGCUACAUCACCGCUAACCGCCGCAGCAUCUUUUUUCGAGUAACACACAAUGCGGGGGAGAUGGAGGCCUACUGCAGUGCUCUGUGCCAGCUACGUGCCCUGCUCUACCUGGCUCAGCGCAUGCUACAUGACAACAACCAUGGCAACCUUUUUUUCCAGGAUGAAAGUGGCCUCAGCGAGAGCUUUGUUCGCGAAUACUCAUCCAUGCACAAAGGGUGCUUCUAUGGCCGUUGCCUUGGCUUUCAGUUCACUCCAGGCAUUCGGCCCUGUCUCCAGACCAUCGCUAUUGGUCUUGUGGCCUUUGGAGAAAACUACAAACGCCAUCAGUCAGGAAUAGUGGAGGCAGGCGGUAUUGCACCAUAUGGUGUAGCAGCCAGCUCUUUCUUUACCUCAGGGAAGUAUGCCAUUGACCCAGAGUUGAGGGGGGCAGAAUUUGAACGCAUCACCCAGAACCUGGACGUCCAUUUCUGGAAGACCUUCUGGAACAUCACUGAGACCGAAGUCCUGUCGAGUCUUGCCAGUAUGACAUCCACUCAAGUUAAGGUGAACCGGACUCUUUCUGUGCCCCCCGUGCCCUUUGACCUUCCCCUGGCGGCCAACCACAGGGCAUCUGUAACUAUAGCUCCGCCAUCAGCACACAUCGGCACUGCUCCUGUUCAGAUGAGGCUCAUCUCUUAUGACUUACGUGAAGGACAGGACAGCGAGACUCUGCUAUCUCUCUCCCGCUCUGAGGGGGGAGCCAUCUCUCUGUCGUUGGGGCUGAAGACCAAGUGCCUCCCCUCGUCUCCCUGCCUCCUGAUCCACUUCCAUGGGGGAGGCUUUGUGGCCCAGACCUCCAAGUCCCAUGAGCCCUAUCUGAAGAGCUGGUCCCAGGACCUUGGUGUCCCCAUCCUGUCAGUGGACUACUCUCUGGCCCCUGAGGCCCCCUUCCCGAGGGCCCUGGAGGAGUGUUUCUAUGCCUACUGCUGGGCUCUGAGAAACCACCACUUACUAGGUUGGACCGGAGAGAAAGUGUGUCUGGCUGGUGACAGUGCGGGAGGCAACUUGAGUGUGACGACAUCGAUGCGUGCUGCUGCAUUUGGUGUGCGAAUGCCAGAUGGCAUUGUGGCAGCCUACCCGGCUACCCUGCUGACUGCCUACGCAUCGCCCUCCCGUCUGCUAACACUUAUGGAUCCCCUGCUGCCGCUCAGUGUGCUCUCCAGGUGUCUCAGUGCCUACACAGGCAGUGAGCCCCAGACAGAGACACAGGUAGAGAAAGUGAGCACACUGAGCCUGGUGAGGAGAGACACGGCACUACUGCUUAGAGAUUUCCGACAGGGAGCCUCCAACUGGAUCCACUCUCUGCUGGAUUCCAACAGGGCCUCAGCCUCCCCUAGCACAGCUACAGAGGCACCACCAGGAGCCACUGACACAGUGAGGAAGAGCAUUUCUGAGGCUUCCAUCUCUUCUCCUCACGCUGACCCCCCUGUACCCUCAGAGUUCCCCACCAGGAAACUAUCUGUGAAGAGCCAGACAUGCCAGGACUUGGGAUCCCACAACAAUUCCACUUCUCACAGUGCAUCGCUGCUCUCUGAGCGCACUCCAGAAGAUGUGAAUUUCUUCCUCUUCAAGGAUGCAGAUCCCUCCAUAUCCAGCGACCUGUCUUCAGUUGCCAUACCACCCCCUGCUGGCGAGGAGGAAUCAGCGCUGGAGCACCCUAGGGAGUUUCCCCUGGGGUUUGAGCCACUGCGCUCAGAGCAGCUGACUGAGAUGAAGGUGGAGAGCUCUCCAGUGGCCAAGGAUCCUUUCUGCUCUCCUCUUCUGGCUCCUGAUAGCAUGCUGAAAGGGCUGCCACCUGUACAUAUAGUGGCUUGUGCAUUAGACCCCAUGCUGGAUGACUCUGUGAUGUUUGCCAAGCGUUUGAGGAACAUAGACCAGCCUGUCACUCUGUGCGUGGUGGAUGACCUCCCCCAUGGCUUCCUCAGCCUAUCGCAGCUCUCCAGAGAGACGAGGGAGGCUGCCAAUGUCUGCGUGGAGAGAAUUCGCGCCGUCUUCACCCAGAAGGACACACCCCCAGAGCCACGCAAGCACCGCAAGCUGGAACGGACCGAUAGGGGUGUGUCGGCCUCUUUUGGGGAAGCCGGUUCUCUCUUCAUUGGCCCCAUUGAGGAAGCAGACCUAACAGUAGGGAGAGGGGCUAAAAUUGCUGAUGAGGAGGGCUUAGUUGCUGUGGCAGCCCAGAACAACACUGACGCUAGUGGUAUUGGGCCUUAAAUAAGGUUAGAUUAAAAGAAAAAAAGGACUGCAAUUCACCCAAGGAGUGAAGAGAGAAAGAGAGUAAAUGAAAGUCAAACAAAUUGAACUAGUACAAUGCCUAAAAGGGAGCGAGAAAGCAUCCUAAAAAACAGAAAAGGAGAUUGCCCAGUUUUUGAGAGAGAAAAAAAUAGAGGAGGAGCAUUGAAAUACAACUUCCUCUGCUUUCCAAUUUUUGCUACUUGUCUGUGCGCCAUCAUGCACCGAUGCAGAUCUGGCAGACAAAAUGAGCACACCCACAAAAGACAGUCAUGUUUUAGAAUAAAAUGGUAAUUUAGCAGCUACUUAGAUCAAAGACCAGCACUCACCCACACAUGUGGAACACAUACUUAAUAGAGUUGCCGUUAGGCAGCAGAGGCUCAGACAUAAAGCAGCGCAGAAGAUUCUUGACACGAGGCCUGAACGGAUGAUUCAUGUAGGCCAAGGCAGUCAUUUGAGGCCCUAAUCAGAUAGUGGUAGGCACACUAUAUGCUUCUGUAUAGAGUCAUCCCAUCAAAAUGGCCACUUGUCCUUUAGGGAGCUACUCUAAAUCACACUUAAUAACUCCACUUUGUGUUCUCCAUUACGCCAGUUUGGCAGUCAAUACAGCUCACUUUGUGUAUAGUAACUCUGUUGACUCUCUCCCAAAUAGAAUUACAGAGCUGAAACGCAACAAACUGAAAGGCUCUAAACUGGAUGAAUUGAUUUACUUGGCAGUUUUUAAUCAUAUUAUUAACCCUAUGCAAUAGUAUUACUUUUGUUAUUUCUAUCUUUUUUUCUAUUGCUGUAUUUUAAGCCCUGAAUCAUUACUCAUUAUUAAUGUUGAUUUGUACACUAUAUUGUUUGUUUAAUGUAAUCUUAUGCUGUUUGUUCCAUGUUUGUGAAUGUGUUCGAUAUUUACCCCUCCUUCUUUGGCAUAGCUGCUCUGACAUCCCUGGCCUUUCCAAUUAAACUCAUAUCCUUCUCUAAUGCAUACUGAAAAAGUAAAUGUAGAAUAAUACACAGGGACACAGUGCCCUAUCUAGAUGCUGCCUGGUGCUUUUCUUAGUGCUGAUAUUACUAAUGCAAAGAUUGCAUUUUAUUGAUUGCAAUGGUGAAAUCUGUGGAGAUGCACUGAGAUGCGUUAUUUUCUGAGGACAAGCACUUGCUUAAAAACUUGGGUCCCAUCUUUACAAGUCUUUUUUUAAGAACAAUCAUAGCUGUCAGAUGUCUGAAAGAGGCUAAAUGUUUUUGUUUUUAUUUAUAUUAUUUUAAGACUGGAAACAGUCGCUUGACAUUCUCCUGCAAAAUUAGGGUAAGAGAGAAAAUGGCAGCAAAAAUCCCAGUCCUUAGGUAUCAAUACACAUUUUAAACUCUACUGCACUGAUUUCCUCUCAGGUUGUCCCCGUUCCUUGCUAGGCGUUAUUGCUCACUUCUUCUCUGCACAGUAUGCAGUGUGUAAAAGUACCACUGCUCUUGAGCCAGGGUAUUUCCUGCCUGAAAAUCUGUUUCUACAAAUCGGAGGUUUUUAGGCAAAGCUCGAGCACCCUGACCACGAACAGAGAUUGUAAGAGUGCUGUGUAAAAGCCGCUGAACUUGUAUUUGGCCAACUAAAAGUGGCUGGUGGUCUAGAUUUUUAUUUUUUUUUAGCUCCCCACCAUCACAUUUGGGGUUGACUUUGUUUUUGAUAACCUGAGGACACUCCUCUGAGCGUGUUGCCACCGAAGCACUUAGAAGUACACAAAAAUGUCCUUCGGAGGGUCAUUCCCUCUAUCAGGCCCAACUAAAUAUAGUUGCCAACAAUCCUGGCACUUUCCUGCCCUUGCCUGGUAACAGGGCUAGGGUUGCCAGGUCUGUGGAGAGGGAUGCUGUGUGAUGAAUAGGAUUUAGCUGAAGCUCCGAGUGCAAAAUCCUCCCCCUGCAGAAGAGCAGGAUUUUCAGCAGCAAAGUCAUGCUACAGGAUUAGACCAUGCUUAGUUCUGUCACUUACUGCAAUAUUUUUAGUCAGAUUGAUGGAGAGAACCAGGGCCGUGAAGAGGAAGAAAGUAAUACACUCAUCCUCUCUGAGAUGCUGGGCUGAAGUUUGUACUUGCUUUACUAGCCGCUGUUUAUGCUCACUCUGCACUUUUGCAGUAGAUGAUUUGUCGAUCCGUGCAAGUGUAUUUUAUGCUUGAGCUGGUAUACAUGUCACUGUUUUUUAAUGUUUUUUUUAUUUUUUUAUUUCUUUGUUUGGUGCCUAUAUGUGUGGCUCAAAUGAAGUCUGCAUGUGAAUGAGUACAUUCACGCAAUCUCCGUAGUCUCUGUGGUGUGUGAGAGACAUGAGCUCACGUGUGGGCGCGUCCUCUUUGUGUCGUAUGUUCACAUAAAGACAGGAACGGCACUUUUACAGUCAAGAGACUAUUUAUUGUAUUAAUCAUCUGUUGUUGGGAACAACCCCUUUUGACGUAGACAAGCCCCUAUGAGACCUCACUUGCUGUAUGUGAUAUACAUUGACUUCAUCAGUACUGAAAACACCACCUAUGAAGACCAGCAGGGUUGAUUGGUCAUCAGCACUUUGUUAAAUUAUGUGAGCUACUAGAAAAGAAAACAAAAAAAGUGUCAAAUUCACCCACUUGCUGUUUAUUUACCUCUGUAUGCCUCUUACCCUUGAUGACCACUCAUGCAUCAGGCUAACCUGAGCGUAGGUGAUGGACCAGAGAGGCCAUCUGGUAUUUUGGACAGAUGAGUUUGCAGAGAAGUUCAGUGUUACCUUUUUGCUUCCCCAAUUCCUGGCUUUUUUGGGGUUCCACUGAUGCUUAUAUGCUGCCUCCAAUUUAUAACUGAAAUGUUUGAUUAAGUAUUGUUUCAGAUAGUGUAGCUUCAUAGAUCGUCUAAUUGUUGAUCCGCAGACCAAGUUUAUAUUCAUAAAUUGUUGUGAGUACAAACUAGUUUUAUUAGUUCAGUGUAAUGUUGCUUUUUUUUACUCUACGAAAGCUCUUCUCACUUGAGAUUUUCUUUGCCCCAGGCAGAUUUUGGUAAAGUGCAAUGCAAAGUGUAAUGCUGCUACAAACAUGAGCCAGCUGCUUCAAUGAAUAAGUCACCACUUCAGCAUCACAUCAUUUUUCUCUGUUUCCUCAGUCAGAAUUGUGGUGUGUUUGUUGUUCAAUGUGUUUGAAUCACCUCAAGGUUGGAUUUCAUAGUUAGCAUACCUGUCCAUAUACUACACCACUUGUUUUAAAGUAGAUUUAACAAGAUUCCUGGAAACCUAAUUCUUUCACAAAUGCAUCAAAGCAUUAGACUGACCUUAACCACUCCUCAUAAGUGUUUCCCAAUGAGAAAUACUCAUUUGGUCAAUCAGUUACAUAUCCUAUAUGUAUUGUUAAAGUUUAAAGCCGAACCAAAGACUGCAGCCAGAGUCUUGAACAGAUGUACUGUACUUGCUGUUUAGUGUUUGCUGUUAACUGGUAUCAUUGAAAAUACAGGUGCUAACCAGUGUCAUAGCCUGUCUGCACUCCAUAUGCAAAUUGCUCCGCACUGUAAAAGGCAAUUCUGAUAUAGAAUAUGAUUAGCCUUUUAAAAGAAACAAGCCAUAGACUGGAAACACAGCUGUUUAAAGUUUACUUAUUUUUUUACUUUUGCUUUAUUUUCCUUCAUCCAAAACACCACAAGUGCAAACCUGUGAAUAAAAAAAGAAUGUAUAUUAUUAUAUUAUAUGAUUCAUGUAGAUAUUUUUAAUUUCAGAUUUGUUAAUCAGAUUGAUUGCUGAUUGAUUGAUUUGACUGCAUUUUCUUUGCAGGUUUCAUACUCUAAUGUUGUGUCUGAUACACCACAAGUAGACUGGUUUCUUCCUUUGUUGAUUUUUUUUUUUUUUUUAAAUCUAAAUAAAUAUAUUCUCCCAUGAA